CCCCUGAGCGCACUAUUUAAGGGCAGCACGCUGGUGCUGGCUGUGAGUCACGUCCUGGGAGGAGAGGGCAGCUCCGCGCACCCCAGCAGCCGGCGCACCGUGGGAAGGGGCGCGGGCCCCCGCCAUGGCUUCCCCGGGGCAGGUCAUCUUCUGGAGCAUUAUUAGCAUCAUCAUUGUUUUGGCUGGAGCCAUUGCACUUAUCAUCGGUUUUGGUAUUUCAGGGACACACUCCAUUACAGUCACUACCCUCACCUCAGCCGGGAACAUCGGGGAGGACGGAAUCCUGAGCUGCACUUUUGAACCUGACAUCAAACUUUCUGAUAUCGUGAUACAGUGGCUGAAGGAAGGUGUUAUGGGCUUGGUACAUGAGUUCAAAGAAGGCAAAGACGACCUGUCAGACCAAGACGAGAUGUUCAGAGGCCGGACGGCAGUGUUUGCAGAUCAAGUGAUAGGUGGCAAUGCCUCUCUGAGGCUGAAAAACGUGCAACUCACGGAUGCUGGCACCUAUAAAUGUUACAUCAUCACCUCCAAAGGCAAGGGGAAUGCCAACCUUGAGUAUAAAACUGGAGCCUUCAGCAUCCCAGAGGUGAACGUGGACUAUAAUGCCAGCUCAGAGAGCUUACGGUGUGAGGCUCCCCGAUGGUUCCCCCAGCCUACAGUGGUCUGGGCAUCCCAGGUUGACAAGGGAGCCAACUUCUCCGAAGUCUCCAAUACCAGCUUUGAGCUGAACUCUGAGAAUGUGACCAUGAAGGUUGUGUCUGUACUCUACAAUGUCACCACCAAUAACACAUACUCCUGUAUGAUUGAGAACAACAUUGCCAAAGCCACAGGGGAUAUCAAAGUGACAGACUCUGAGAUUAAAAGGCGAAGCCACCUGCAACUGCUGAACUCAAAGGCCUCCCUGUGUGUCUCUUCUUUCUCUGCCAUCAUCUGGGGACUCCUGCCUCUCUGCCCUCACCUGAUGCUCAAAUAAGGAGCCCUGGCCACACAGAAACGUGCAAAGUCAUUGGCACAACAGAAGCCCAGGAAUCUGCAGAACUAUUUCACCACAAGCUAUGACCUAGUUUUAUAUUUCUGGGGGGAAAUGAAGUUUUGAGUGAACAAAUAAGAUCAAGAAGCAAAAAAAGCCAAAAGCAACCCACGGAAGACUCCAGGAUGUACAAGAUAAAUCUGUCUUCAAAGACAUAUAAUAAAAGCUGGGAACAUAAUUCAUCAGAACUGGAUAGGUGUUAAGACUAAGUAAACUGCACAUGGAGACAGGCAUAUCUCCAUAUCUCAGGGACCUCCCCUGACCCCUGCCCAUCGAGGGGGUGAGAGGAAGGGGUGCUGCAUCUCCUUGAUCUCUGAAUCUUUAUAUUGCUGUCAUGUUGCCCUAAUUUCCCAGAAAGUUCUGACUGCAAUAGAUCCACAUCUUAUAAUCCACAAAUUAAAGUGCAGCGGAUAUAGUAGGAGGCUGCUAAUUGGCUGCCACUUCACAAUCCAGAGAUGGCUGCAUUUUAGUGAUGGGUCAGAUAAUUCACCUUUCAUAAGGGUGCUUCCAUGGGCACCUUGAAAUCUCCUCCCCCGUGACAAAUGCUAAAGAAAUGGGGGACAGGACAUACAUGCGACACAAAAAUUAUGACACAAAUUUUCUAAACUAUCUGAGCCUCUGUUUUUAAAACAAACAAAUGCCAUUACAUUUCCCGGAUGCUGUUCACGCCUGAACAGUCCGGGAAGGACCGCUCAUCGUCGCUGCAUGUGGUGCUAUCCACAUAGCAUCAUCACAUGGCUUCAGGCUUCUGCUUUCGGUCCUGCAUGGACUGCGAGGACCUCAACUUUCCACCGCAUCUAGAGCAUGCUUAACUGCUCAGCUGGGGUGAUUUUUCACACCCCUCCCCACACUCAGGAGACAUCUGGAAAUGUCUGAAGACAACUGAAGUUGUCACAACUCAGGGGAGAGGGGAGGGUGCCACUGUCAUGGACAGACCUCGGGAAGGCUGCUCAACGCCCUACAAUGUACAGGACAUCCACCCACAACAGAGUUAUCCGGCCCCAAACGUCAGUCGUGCUGGAAUAAGAAACCCUGAUGCAGAGUAGACAAGGAUCCAGAAAAGAGGGGAGCAAACAAGGCUGUUUGCUUCCUACAGGCGGGCGCCGUCCUCCGUCUCUUUGGCUGCUGCGUCAGCACAGAGAGUGGGAGCUCAGUGUCAGGCAAUCCGGAGUUCCUGACGGGUCCCUCUCCCCUCGUUCUGGUGUGCAAGCCAGGCCCCAGGAGAGCUGCCUGCGCUCCAUCUCAAGGUCUCAGAUCUCAAAUUCAGAGCUCAGGACCUUGCCUGGCCACAUGUCACAUUAAGGUAACAAAAACAUGUACCUUCUUUGAAACACACAGAGACUUAAGAAAGUGGGGGCAAUGAACCUUUGAAGUGAGACCCUGAGGAACACAGCUGUGAUUGAAAAGAAUGUUUUGUUCACAAGCCCCCUUCCCCUUCUUUUCAUGUGUUGCCUGCUGGCCCCCAGCACUGUGGACCCACUGUGACUGUAUUACAUUUUGUUACAGAAAACUUGAUUUUUGAGUUUUGACCAUUCAAGAGAAUGAUUAAAUACACCAUUUCCUA